AUGGCGGCUGCAGCUCUGUGUCCCACUCUCCUGCUGCUCUCAGUACUCCUGACUCUGACCCAGACUGAGACCCAGAGAGGCGCUGGGUCACACUUGCUGAGAUUUUUGGUAACUACGAACGCGUCUCGAAUGGGUCUCCAAGAUUUCCAAGUCUACAUCGUUGGCUAUGUGGACGACACGCAAAUCCUGCGCUUCCACAGUGACGUGGUUACUAAACUAGAGCCGCUCUUGCCACAGACGAAACAAAUGGGACCUGGGUUUUGGAAGGAGGCGAAAAAGAGUAUGGAGGGUCAUGCACACAGGGCCCGAGAAAACCUGAGAUUUGCAAUCCAAAUUUAUAACCAGAGUAAUGACGGCUCUCAUACCUUCCAGUGUUUCAUUGGUUGCGACGUGGGUCCAGACAGACACCUCCUCCGUGGGCACUAUAGACAUGCCUUUGAUGGCCGUGAUUACAUCAGCCUGAACGAGGACCUGAGAACUUGGACUGCAGCAGACAGGACUGCUCAGAUCACCCAGCAACAGUGGGAAGCAAAAAACCUAGCAGAGUUCUGGAAGAACUACUUGGAGUACGGAUGCCCUGCUAACCUACACUGGCACCUGAAGCGAGGGAAGGAGAUUCUGGAGCGCUCAGAUCCUCCAAAGGCACAUAUAACCCAUCACCUUAGACCUGAAGGUGAUGUUACCUUGAGGUGCUGGGCUCUUGGAUUCUAUCCAGCUGAGAUAACCCUGACCUGGCAGAGGGAUGAGGAAGACCAGACCCAGGACACGGAACUGGUGGAAACCAGGCCUGCAGGGGACGGAACCUUCCAGAAGUGGGCAGCUGUGGUGAUGCCUUCUGGGGAGGAGCAGAGAUACACAUGUCAUGUGCAACAUGAGGGGCUGCCUGAGCCCCUCAUACUGAGAUGGGAGCCAUCUCCUUGGUCCCCAACUGGAGUGAUAGUUGGUGUGAUUCUCCUUGGAGUUGUGGUCACUGUAGCUGUAGCUGCCAUCGUGAUGCUGAGGAAGAAAAGCACAGGUAGGGAGGGAAUUGGUGUCUGA